UCUGGCUCUCUGCUCCCAGGCUGGACCCGCUACUCCCUGCUGGGCGACCCUCUAUCAGGAGAGCACAGCCUGCAGAUCGACGGCGCCGAGCUGGCCGACGACGCCGCGUACGAGUGUCAGGCGACACAGGCGGCGCUGCGCUCGCACCGCGCCAAGCUAACCGUGCUAGUUCCUCCCGGAGACCCCGUGGUGGACGGGGGUCCCGUGGUGCGGCUGAAGGCCCACGCGCCCCACAACCUUACCUGCAGAGCGUCUGGAGCCAAGCCGGCGGCGGAGAUCACCUGGUCGGACGGAGAGGUCAUGGAGAGCGCCAUCUACUCUAAGACGCUGAUGGAGGACAAGAAGCGGGAGCUGGCCGUCAGCAUGCUGCCCAUGGUCCCCGAGGACCGCGACUCGGGCCGGACCUACACCUGCCGGGUCCUGAACCCGGCCGCGCCCGCCGGCCGCCAGACCUCCGUCACCAUCAACGUCCAGCACCCCCCGUCAGUGACGCUAUCCGUCCAGCCCCAGACGGUCACAGAAGGCUCCAAGGUCCUCUUCAUCUGCUCCGCCUCAGCCAAUCCGGAGAUCACUGGAUACAGGUGGUCCAAAGGAGGGGUGCCCAUCGCGGAGGCCAACGGAGACAGCCUGGAGGUGACGGUGGACUACUCGUACUUCACGGACCCCGUGUCCUGCGAGGUGUCCAACUCGGUGGGCAGCACCAACGUCAGCACCCUGGUGGAUGUACAAUUCGGCCCCAGGCUGCUAUCGGAGCCCAAGCCCAUGGCGGUGGACACGGGCAUGGACGCGGCUUUCACCUGCGCCUGGACCGGGAACCCCCCCCUGACUCUGGCAUGGACCAAACAGGGCUCCGGCGUGGUGCUGAGCAACGGGAACACGCUGCAGCUGAAGGCCGUCACCCAGGAGGACGCCGGCACCUACACCUGCAAGGCCAUCGUGCCGCGCAUCGGUGUGGCCGAGAGGGACGUGACGCUGACCGUCAACGGUCCGCCCAUCAUCACGGCCGACGCCACCCAGCACGCCGCCAAACACGCCAAGGGCAAGCUGGAGUGUGUGGUGGGGAGCAGCCCGCCUCCCGACAAGAUAGUGUGGACGUUUGGAGAUGUCAGCCUGUCCUCCGGGACCUCCGGCAGGUUCUCCGUGCAGACGGUGAGCAGCGGCCAGGGGGUCAUCUCGUCCCUGGUCAUCUCCGAGACGCUGGCGCAGGACUUCCAGCUGAGAUACAACUGCACCGCCUGGAACCGGUUCGGCACCGGCACCGCCAUGGUCUCCCUGAAAGAGCAAGAAGCCCUGCCCAUGUUGAUCAUCGUGGGGGCAGCGGUGGGCGGGGGCUGCGUGCUGCUGAUCUGCGGCAUCACGCUGGUGUCUCUCUGCUGCCGGCACACGGGCAAAGGCAAGAAGUGCACCCGCCUCUCCAAGAGCGACAUCAGGGUGCAGAUCGUCCACAGCGACCACAACGCGACGCGGGGCGGCGACGACGAGGAGGACGUGAAGGAGCCCAUGGCCCCAAACAGCAGUGAGUCUCCCGGGACGUCCCGGACGGAGCACAGUGACCUGUUGGAGGAGGACGAGGACGAGCGGUCCGACAUCAAGGACCCCACCAACGGCUACUACAACGUCCGCGCCCACGAGGACCGCCACGUGCGCAGCAGCGGCUUCUCAGAGUAUGUGCCUAACGCCCGGCCCGUGUACACCCCCUCGCAGCUCCCGUCCUCCAGCCCGCUGUACGGCCAGCCGGCGGGCAGCCAGACCCGCGUCUACGACUUCAACCACCGCUACGCCACCACCACCGGGACGCGCUCCACCUACGAGCAGCAGCAGGCCGCCCAGCAGCAGGCCGCCACGCCCGCCGGCGUCUACUCGGCCGAGCCGGGCUACGGCGGCUCCGCCUACCUGCCCACCACCUGCGGCCGCGCCUUCACCAGCUACGUGAAGCCCGCCUCCUACGAGAAGGUGGACGCCUACGACCAAUCGGAUCAGGCCAGCAAGGUGUCGGGCUCCUCCCGCUUCUCCUACGCCUCCUCGCAAGUGUCCUCCCAGCAGUCGGACUACGGCCGUCCCUCACAACGCAUGCAGACGCACGUCUGAGGGGACAGACAGAGAGACGGGUCUGAGACACAGGAGAGAGAGGGAGAGAGAGAGAGAGAGAGAGCAGCACACCGCACCAUUCUGUCUGGAGAGCCAUUGUUUUGGCCGAGAUGACCCCCCCCCCCCUUCACUUGCCUGCUCCCUCCGGGUUGUUUCAACUCUGAGGGGUGGGGGGGCGGGGGGGGGGGAGUUGUGUGGUUUUUCAUCCUCCAUUUUGUUUCUCGUCACUGGGAUCUACGGGUCGUGGUGCCGGCGGUAGACUGCUGAUGGGGGGGUGAACCUAAGACUUGUGUUUUUUCCACUCGAACUCUGAACUGAGCAAAAGUUAACGUAACACGACUACCUUACGCUGUGGAGCGGAGAUAUUCUGGGCAUGGAAGGGGCGUGUGAACCACGCACACAGUGCCGCGCCCGUGGAUGUUUACUUUCUGCCAAAACGCGAGGAUAAAUCGAUAACAUCACCUGUAAAAGGACGUUGAGAGAAGAUGAAAAAUUGCCAAACGUAUCUGUGGGAAAAAAAACAAGAUAUUGAUGUCCGUCAUUUGGUGUUUGUUGGCAUGCGGAAGGAAUUCUAAGCACAUUUUCUGUGUCUAUCCAUCAACAAAAAGACUGAGCUGCACAUUGGCAGACAUGAGUCGUCCUGCACAACAGGCUAGCUCUCCUGAUGGACGGGCUACACGCCACACGCUACCUCCGAUAGCGUGGGAAGUCUGAUCAGUCGAAUCCCUUUGGCCCGAGCAGAGCUUAUUACGAAGAUCCUUUCUGGUUAAAAACCCCAAGCAUGAUAGACCAGUUCGCAAAAAGGAUAAAAGGUGGAUCUAUCCGCAGUGUGUAUCAUAGCCUUUCUUGUCGACGAGACUUUGUAAACUGUAUGUGUUGUAUUAUGCUGGAUGAUCAUGUGAGGUUAAGUUAACCCAAAGAUGGUGGUCGUUUUAUAGAGGGUGAGUUAUGGGGGGAGGGGUGAAGGCGGUGUGAACCACUGCCCGGCACAUGGGUAAGGCUUUUUCCUUCUGCAAUCUCCCGAGUUGAAAUUGGCUGAAGACUAUUACUAGAACAAUCAUAGGUGGUCUGGUUGUGCUGGCAAUCUGGAACCUAAUAGACCCGAACACAGUCCUCAAACCCAAUGGAUUGUGAUUGGUUACAGUGUGCGAAACAGUGCCAUUUUGGAACCGUCCGUUCUCUGGUUUUUGCAACACAGAUAGUUUUAAUGUUUACAAGAGAAGGCAAAGGAAAAGCGAGCGGCCGCGAGGUCGAGGGACUGAACACUUGUACAGACGGGGUGCGCUCAAACUCUCUCUGUUGCAUGCAAACGACGUGUCUCGUGAAACUCUCCAGUGUUUGUUUCCAUCCCCAUUGUGAGACAUUCUGCACCGGGCCCCCCCCCCCCCCCAAUCCAUCCAUCCUGUACUGCCAUCCGUUGCCAUCGGUUACCGGGAGACCCAGUCCACCAUGAAGGAUCAUUGCUUGUCUUUAUUUUUAUAUUUUAUAUAUGCCUUAAUGUACAGCGAGUGAGCUGCUCUAUUGUAAAGUACCUUUAUAUUAUAUACAUAUGUAACUAUAUAUUGAUUUGAGUCUCCACAUCUACGUUCAGUUCGUUAAUCAAUCACCGAAUGCAGAGUUACCUUUUUUGGAGGAAGAACAACUAAUUGCCAUUUUCUUUUUUUUUUUUUUUUAAUAAUGUAUUAAAGACUUUUUAUUUGCUAAAAAAAAAAAUGAGCUAUUGUUGCUUGUAACUUUGUACACAUAUUUAUAUUAAAUAAAACCAUUUCUGAUAACUGCA